AAUUAGUACCAUUUUACACGGUGAUAAACUUAUCUGGUCAGUGGUCACCUAACGACGUGCGAAUACCUUCAUUUUACGGUUUGAUUUUUAUUUUCGUUUGUCUCGUUUGAAUGUUUCCAAAAAGAAAAAAAUAUGAGUGGUGAAAAUAAGUUUUCCAGAUUUCUCGGAUGCAUCAUUCCGUGUAGAAAGAAAACCCCACCCAAGUCGAAAACCGACCAGCCAACAAAAAUCCAGCAAAACACGUCGAUACAAAUUCACAAAGUAGACUUCACUUGGACCAUAGACGAUUUCGAUUUCCACAUAAUGAAUAAAUCCACGAUGAAAUCAUACGAAUUCUGGGCCAUCACCAACGAAGAAUCUAAAUGGCGUUUGACCAUUCAACCUUCUAAUCGAGUUUGCAAAAUCCACAAAAAUUACGAAACGCUGAUUAUACUUUUAUACUUCAUUCCUGCUCGCAAAGACGAUAAAGUACUCGCCAAAAGUGAUAUUUCAAUUUGCAAUAGCCAACAGAAAAGAUUAUGGAAGGGGGAAGUUUCGUUACGUAAAUUUGAAUACACCAUGGUCUGCGGUUUAAGCGGUAUUCGCUUCAAGAAGAAGAAUAUCUCACCCAGCAACAAACUCACCGUUUGUUGCAAUUUAACGUAUACUAAAAUUCACGACUCGAGUAAUCGAAACAGUACACCGAUUGAAGAGGCUGCACCACCAUCACCACGUCAACUCGAAAUACCUCAAAGUGAACAUUUAGAGAAAUUCGCAUCGUUGUAUAACGAGGAUUUAUUCGCAGACGUCCUUCUCUCAAUCGGCGAGACUCAUUAUACAGCUCAUAAAGCUAUUUUGGCCGCACAUAGUCCGGUUUUCAGCAAGAUGUUCGAAGCGAAUGCGAAAAAAGGAAGAGUCGUACGAAUAAAUAUUUCUGGUAUAGAUGAACAAGUGAUCGGUGAAAUGCUCAGGUAUAUUUAUACCGGAAGCUGCGAAAAUCUAGAAAAUAUAGCCGAUGGGCUAAUGAUAGCAGCUGAUAGAUAUGGCUUGAAUAGAUUGAAGAUGAUUUGCGCGAACGCAUUGGUUCAGAAAUUGUGCGUUGAAAACGCCACCGAUAUAUUGGUGUUGGCUGAUAAACGUGGUUUGAACGAACUGAAAACCGAAGUGAUUAAAUAUAUCACCGCAAAAUAUAUGGAAAUAUCGAAUCAAGAGGCUUGGCAAAAUGCCAUCAAGAAGAAACCUCAACUAGUUAACGAAGUCAAUCAAGAGCUUUGUCGUCGUCAGUCAUUCGGUUACGAUUCGGAUUAUGUUCGAAAGGAAUUACGUCUUUAUUCUUGAUUAUUAAUUUUAAUUUUUUUUUUUAAUUUUUUUUUUCAACAUUGAAUUACGUGUAAGGUCAAUAAACUUUUCAUUUUGUA